AUGAAUCCUAAGACACUGAGGCGUGUUUAUGUGAAUCCUGAGACACUGAGACGUGUUUAUAUGAAUCCUGAGACACUGAGGCGUGUUUAUGUGAAUCCUGAGACACUGGCACGUAUUUAUAUGAAUCCUAAGACACUGAGGCGUGUUUAUGUGAAUCCUAAGACACUGAGGCGUGUUUAUGUGAAUCCUAAGACACUGAGGCGUGUUUAUGUGAAUCCUGAGACACUGAGGCGUGUUUAUGUGAAUCCUAAGACACUGAGGCGUGUUUAUGUGAAUCCUGAGACACUGGCACGUAUUUAUAUGAAUCCUAAGACACUGAGGCGUGUUUAUGUGAAUCCUAAGACACUGAGACGUGUUUAUGUGAAUCCUAAGACACUGAGGCGUGUUUAUGUGAAUCCUAAGACACUGAGGCGUGUUUAUGUGAAUCCUAAGACACUGAGGCGUGUUUAUGUGAAUCCUAAGACACUGAGGCGUGUUUAUGUGAAUCCUAAGACACUGAGGCGUGUUUACGUGAAUCCUAAGACACUGAGGCGUGUUUACAUGAAUCCUAAGACACUGAGACGUGUUUAUGUGAAUCCUAAGACACUGAGGCGUGUUUACGUGAAUCCUAAGACACUGAGGCGUGUUUACAUGAAUCCUAAGACACUGAGGCGUGUUUAUGUGAAUCCUAAGACACUGAGGCGUGUUUACGUGAAUCCUAAGACACUGAGGCGUGUUUACAUGAAUCCUAAGACACUGAGACGUGUUUAUGUGAAUCCUAAGACACUGAGGCGUGUUUAUAUGAAUCCUGAGACACUGAGGCGUGUUUAUGUGAAUCCUAAGACACUGAGGCGUGUUUAUAUGAAUCCUAAGACACUGAGGCGUGUUUAUGUGAAUCCUAAGACACUGAGGCGUGUUUAUGUGAAUCCUAAGACACUGAGGCGUGUUUAUGUGAAUCCUGAGACACUGAGGCGUGUUUAUGUGAAUCCUAAGACACUGAGGCGUGUUUAUGUGAAUCCUAAGACACUGAGGCGUGUUUAUGUGAAUCCUAAGACACUGAGGCGUGUUUAUGUGAAUCCUAAGACACUGAGGCGUGUUUAUGUGAAUCCUAAGACACUGAGGCGUGUUUAUAUGAAUCCUAAGACACUGAGGCGUGUUUAUGUGAAUCCUGAGACACUGAGGCGUGUUUAUGUGAAUCCUGAGACACUGAGACGUGUUUAUGUGAAUCCUAAGACGCUGAGGCGUGUUUAUGUGAAUCCUAAGACACUGAGGCGUGUUUAUUUGAAUCCUAAGACACUGAGGCGUGUUUACGUGAAUCCUAAGACACUGAGGCGUGUUUACGUGAAUCCUAAGACACUGAGGCGUGUUUAUGUGAAUCCUAAGACACUGAGGCGUGUUUAUAUGAAUCCUGAGACACUGAGGCGUGUUUAUGUGAAUCCUAAGACACUGAGGCGUGUUUAUGUGAAUCCUAAGACACUGAGGCGUGUUUAUGUGAAUCCUAAGACACUGAGGCGUGUUUAUAUGAAUCCUGAGACACUGAGGCGUGUUUAUGUGAAUCCUAAGACACUGAGGCGUGUUUACGUGAAUCCUAAGACACUGAGGCGUGUUUAUGUGAAUCCUAAGACACUGAGGCGUGUUUAUGUGAAUCCUGAGACGCUGAGGCGUGUUUAUGUGAAUCCUAAGACACUGAGGCGUGUUUAUGUGAAUCCUAAGACACUGAGGCGUGUUUACGUGAAUCCUAAGACACUGAGGCGUGUUUACGUGAAUCCUAAGACACCGAGGCGUGUUUAUGUGAAUCCUAAGACACUGAGACGUGUUUAUGUGAAUCCUAAGACACUGAGGCGUGUUUAUGUGAAUCCUAAGACACUGAGGCGUGUUUAUGUGAAUCCUGAGACACUGAGGCGUGUUUAUGUGAAUCCUGAGACGCUGAGGCGUGUUUAUGUGAAUCCUAAGACACUGAGGCGUGUUUAUGUGAAUCCUAAGACACUGAGGCGUGUUUACGUGAAUCCUAAGACACUGAGGCGUGUUUAUGUGAAUCCUAAGACAAUGAGGCGUGUUUAUGUGAAUCCUAAGACAAUGAGGCGUGUUAACAUGAAUCUUAAGACACUGAGGCGUGUUUAUGUGAAUCCUAAGACACUGAGGCGUGUUAACAUGAAUCUUAAGACAUAG